AUGAAACCCCUCACUCUCCUAGCCGCCACAACCCUCCUGCAAGGCGCCCUCUCCGCCGGAAUUUCCGUCUUCGACGGCCCCGACUGCACCGGCAAAGAAACGGACAUCCACAUCGACGCCGACUCCACCGUCCCCAACAUCCGGGCCUUCUCCUCCUACCGCGAGAACGGCUGGGGCCAGCACGAACAAAGAAUGCAGUUCUACAGAAGCGGCGCGCCGGGACAAUGCGCGGGCGACUUCCUCUAUGAUACUUGGGCCUACGAUGGGGAGUAUUUCCGCUCUCGGCAGUGCUACAAUAUCAUUGAUCACCCGGAUACGCACUGGCGCUAUGCGAGGUGCAUUAAGUCGGUUCAUAGGAGUCCCUAG